AUGUUAUUUGAGGAAGCUGACGACUGGUUGAUUGCUACCAAGACUGAGCUGGAUACUGAUGGAAUAUCAAUCACUUGGGUUGUGUUCAAGAGGGAACUUCUGAGGAAAUACUUUCCUGAGGAUGUUCAGGGAAGGAAAGAGAUUGAGUUCAUGGAGCUGAAGCAAUGCAAUAUGACAGUUCCAAAAUAUGCUUCCAAGUUCGUUGAACUGGCCAAAUACUACACUCAUUACAACAAUGAUGAGGCUGGUGAAUUUUCAAAAUGCAUCAAAUUCGAGAAUGGCCUUCAUAAUGAAAUCAAGCAAGUGAGUAGUGAACUACCAGUAGUAUGUGACUAUCUAGAAGUUUUUCCAAAGGAUGUGAACGAGUUACCGCCGGAAAGAGAGAUAGAGUUUGCUAUUGAAUUGGUUCCGGGAACUAGUCCUGUGUCGAUGGCACCAUAUCGUGUAGAAAGUUUGCUCUUUUACAGCUUUCCUGCAAAAAGCGGUGUAAAAGAGCCUGUUGCAGAUUUUGAAAGGAGAAGACGACGACGUGUCGUCGAAUGA